AUGCAACACGUACGAACUCUUCGAACCGGUGCUUACCGUAUUCACUCUAGGGGUGGCCUGGCCGGUCUGGUCGGAUUCGUGGCCGUCGACCACGUCCGUCGCGAAAUCGUCGUUGUAUUCCGCGGGUCGGCAUCCAUCCCCAACAUCAUUGCCGACGCCGUUCUCCUCAUGACGGCCUGUCCCUUUGGGGGCCCCGACUGCCGCAUGCACGCCGGCUUCGCCAAGGCAUGGAGCGAGGUCAAGCCGACGGUCCGGCGGCUGGCGCAGGAGGCCGCGGCGCAGAACCCCGGGUACGGGCUCGUCUUUACCGGGCACUCGCUGGGCGGCGUGGCGGCGCAGCUCGCGGCGCUGGACCUGCGACGCGAGGGCGGUCCUUUCGCGGGGGCGGCGCAGUACAACUACGGCAGCCCACGCAUCGGCAACGACGCCUUUGUGCGGUACCAGGAGGCGCAGGAGCCGUCGCGCGACUACCGCGUCACGCACUACCAGGACCUGGCCACAACGUACGUGCCGUUGGCGGCUGGGUUUCGGCACCCGUUCCCCGAGUACUGGCUGCGCGACGGGCCUGCUACGCGGACGGACUAUGCGAUUGGGGAUAUACAGGUCUGCACGGGGACGGAGCAGAAGCAGUGCAGCGAGACGCGGUUAUCGCGUGGUCUGAGACUAGUUGUUCGUUAG